AUGGAUCUCUUCUUCCGGAUGAUCCAAGACGGCGACGAGGAAAGCCACUGCUCUCCAGAUGGGAGAGUUUUCAUGGCGGCUCUCAAAGCUUGCAGCCUUCUUGCGACGAAAGAAGAGGCCACAGAUCACAUCGGUGGGAAGCUUGUGAAGAUCGACCACCUGGAGAAGGGGAUGAGAAUUCACGCUGGAGCGAUCAAGGCUGGGUUUUGCAACGAUAGCUUCGUCGCCAGCGCGCUCGUGGACAUGUACUCCAAGUGUGGAAGCAUGGAGGACGCCAGACGAGCGUUUGAGAGCAUGAAGCAGCCUCCAGACGUGGUCUUGUGGACGGCUCUCAUGCAAGGCUACGCUGAGAGUGGCGAGGCAGACGUUGCACUCGAGAUGUUCUUCGGCAGGAUGAUCCACUCCUCGGAUCAAACGCUCCUUCUGCUCGAUCCUCCGUUCUUCUCUGCGCUGCUCAGGGCCUGUGGAAGCUCCGGCUCGCUAAAGUCCGGGAAGAAGCUCCAUGGUCUCGCCUCUCAGUGUGGCCUCGAGUGCCAGGAGCUCCUCGCAAACUGCUUGGUGGAUCUCUACUGCAAAUGCGGCAGCAUCGUCGAGGCCGAGCAGCUCUUCGACGCACUCCCCGCCAGGACGCUCGUCACCUGGAGCGCUCUCAUCGCCGGAUACAGCCGCCAAGGUGACACUGAUAGCGUGUUCCAGAGCGUCUGGAGGAUGAUCCACGACGAUGGCUUGCGUCCCGACGGCGUCACCUUCGUCUCCAUCCUCACGGCUUGCAGCCACGCAGGUCUCACCGAUCGGGGGAAGAGCUACUUCGCGUCCAUGCCGUCGAGAUUCGGCGUUGCUCCAGCGAUGGAGCACUACAUUUGCCUGAUCGACAUAUUUGGUCGUGGAGGCGAGCUCGAGGCGGCAGUGAGAGUCACGGAGACGAUGCCUUUCGAGGCCAACGUGCUGGCCUGGAGAACAGUCUUGGCGGCCAGCCGGAAGUGGAAGAACGCUGCGAUCGGGAGACGAGCUUUCAACGCAUUGAUGCUGCUGGACAGGAGAAACGCCUCGCACUACACUCUCAUGGCGAACAUCUACGCGAGCUUGGAGAUGUGGGAGGAGCAAAACGAGGUGGAGAUGAUGAGAGGCGAGGCCCGAGCAUGGAAGAUGGUGGUGGAUGAUAACUCCGGCCUCGUGCAUAGCUUCGUGGCUGGAGACGCUGGCCGCCACCCCCAGAGCCGGGAGAGCCGCCGAGAGAUGGUGGCCAAGCUCAAGGAUCUGGAUUCUUCCAGCGUUCUUCGUGGAGCGGUUUCAUGUUGA